CCCACCCAGGCGCUAGGAACAAGCUGUGGCCCCUUCGACCCGCUGCCAUGUCCCGGCCGCAGCUCGGACGCUGGCGCCUCCUAGCUCGCCAGCCCCGCGGCGUUCUGGGUCUAGCGCUGCUAGCAUUGCUGGCGCUGCCGCUCGCGGCCGGGACCGACUGCCCGUGCCCGGAGCCCGAGCUCUGCCGUCCGAUCCGCCACCGUCCAGACUUCGAGGUUUUUGUGUUUGAUGUUGGACAGAAAACUUGGAAAUCUUAUGAUUGGUCACAGAUUACAACUGUGGCAGCAUUUGGAAAAUAUGACUCAGAACUUAUGUGCUACGCUCAUUCAAAAGGAGCCAGAGUGGUACUUAAAGGAGAUGUAUCCUUAAAGGAUAUAAUUGAUCCUGGUUUCAGAGCAUCCUGGAUAGCUCAAAAACUUAAUUUGGCCAAAAUACAACAUAUGGAUGGAAUUAAUCUAGAUAUAGAGCAAGAAGUUAAUUGUUCAUCACCUGAAUAUGAUGCAUUAACUGCUUUAGUCAAGGAAACUACAGACUCUUUCCAUCGUGAAAUUGAGGGAUCACAGGUAACUUUUGAUGUUGCUUGGUCUCCAAAGAACAUAGACAGAAGAUGUUAUAAUUAUACUGGAAUUGCAGAUGCUUGUGACUUCCUCUUCGUGAUGUCUUAUGAUGAACGAAGUCAGAUCUGGUCAGAAUGUACUGCGGCAGCCAAUGCUCCCUAUAAUCAGACACUGACUGGCUAUAAUGACUACAUCAAGAUGGGCAUUAAUCCUAAGAAACUUGUAAUGGGUGUUCCCUGGUAUGGUUAUGAUUAUACGUGCCUGAAUCUGUCUGAGGAUCAUGUUUGUACCAUUGCAAAAGUCCCUUUCCGGGGAGCUCCUUGUAGUGAUGCUGCAGGACGGCAGGUGCCCUACAAAAUGAUCAUGAAGCAAAUAAAUAGUUCUAUUUCUGGAAACCAAUGGGAUCAAGAUCAGCAGGCUCCUUAUUAUAACUAUAAAGUAAGAUCUUUCGAUCCUGCUGGCCACUUUCAUCAAGUGUGGUAUGAUAACCCUCAGAGUAUUUCUUUAAAGGCAACAUAUAUACAAAACUAUGGCUUACGGGGCAUUGGCAUGUGGAAUGCAAAUUGUCUUGACUACUCUGGAGAUGCUGUAGCCAAACAGCAAGCUGAAGAAAUGUGGGAAGUCUUAAAGCCAAAGCUGUUUCAGAGAUGAACAUCUUUUGUCAAACUAUUAAGAUUUUUUAAAAUGAUAAGUAUAAACAGAUCUAGUUUCUUGCAUUUUUUGUUAUGUUGCUAUAUACUUUAGUUAUUGGCAUACUAACAAAAAAGAAGAAAUGUUUUGAUUGUUUGAAUUUGAAAAAUACAUAUUAAUGUAUUUUUCCAGGAACAUAAAAGCAAGAAACAAGUCAGCUUACCUAUUAAAUAUUAAUCUAUUAGAUAUUUUAAACUAUAAUUAGGAAAAAUUGCUCUCAGAAUUUUAUUAUGCCAUAUUUCCCUUCAUUACAGUAAAAUAUAUGCUUACAAAUCAAUGCUGAUUUUUAAAAUAUGUAUAAUUUGAAGUGGAAAUUGUUUGCUUAGAGUUUUAAAAACCGUCUUUGAAAAGCAUUUUGUGCUAUACUUUUCCCCCAAACCCCUAAUAAACCUUAAAUUUAGUGUCUCCUCUUUAGAUGCAUCAAACUGAUGAAAAUAAUUUUUCUGCUUCCUGACUCCAUAUAGUAUUAUGUUCUCUGAGGUACUUGAACUAAACCUCUGGACAAUGAGAAUUUAAAAAGAAUCCAGAAGAUUAAAUGCAUUCACAAAAUACAAGAAUGUAACAGUAAUAUUUUGAAUUAGUAAGUUAGAACUACCUAAUAUUUUCCAACUACGUUAUUUUUAUGAGGUUCAUCUGUAAAAUUUUUAGUAAUAACUUGGAGUUGAACUUGAUUCUAUUCACUCUCACUUAUACUUCUAAUUAUUCAUAUUCCUUCAUUUAUGGACAUAUAUAUUCUUGGCUAAUUUACAUGGUUAAAUUUUUUUUCUACAUCUGUAAUGUAUCUUUUUUUUUUUGUAGAGUCAGGGUCUUGCUAUGCUGCCCAGGCAGGUCCUCCAACUCCUGGGCUCAAGCACUCCUCCUGCCCUGGCUUCCCAAAGUGCUGGGAUUACAGGCAUGAGUGGCACUGUACUUUUAAUGAUCUAAAGACACUGGUUAGCUUCUUAACUAGUUCUCUUUCUAAAAGAUCAAUUUUAUACAAAUAACUUUUCUAAAUGUAAUAAAGUUUGUUUUCUUUUUCAAGGGAAUUAAGAACAACACUGUGCUGCCCUUGUUAGUUGCUAAUUACAGACUAAAGAUCUGUGUCUUUGAACUCUAGAUUUACAUAAAUCCUGGCUUCCCUGCACAUGUUCCUCCUGUAAAUUGGAAUAAAUGAUGAUUGAACAAGCUGUUACGAGAAUAUUACAUUUCCUAUUUACACAAUGAGAGUAAAAUCAACCAUUUUCAUAGUAUAUGUUGGAUCACUGUUGUCUUCAUAUAUCUAAAAUAAAUGAAUUAAAAAAUUUAAAUUCUUAGAUGCUAAUCUGUCAUAGCUCAGAAUGCAAGUUCAAUAACCCCUAUUCUAUUUCCAGAUUUCUUUUAAUUAAGAUAUAAUGAACAAAUUAAAUGAAGUCUUUAUUUUCAUGCAAAUAUAUUAGUAUUAAUACACAUUUAUUCUUUGCAAAAAAUUUUGUAGUCAUAUUAGCUCUUAAAUUUUAAGAUUAUUAGAAAUGAAAAUUAUAAAAUAUAGUACUGUAAAAUAAUACGUAAAAGACUUGGAAUGUUAAAAAUAACUAACCAGUCAUAAUUUUUCUUUAUAUUGCAUCUAAUAUUUCCUGAAACAUUUUGUGACACCUACAUGCAAAAUGCGGAAAGAGAAUCCUUAUGCUUUAUAUAAAACAUUGCCAAGGAGAAUAAUGGUUAAACAAAUCUGUUCAAAUAUUUAAUUUUUUGAUAAAUAAAAGUUUUAAAUUAACAUACCU